GAAGAAGAAGAAGAAGAAGAAGAAGAAGAAGAAGAAGAAGAAGAAGAAGAAGAAGAAGAAGAAGAAGAAGAAGAAGAAGAAGAAGAAGAAGAAGAAGAAGAAGAAGAAGAAGAAGAAGAAGAAGAAGAAGAAGAAGAAGAAGAAGAAGAAGAAGAAGAAGAAGAAGAAGAAGAAGAAGAAGAAGAAGAAGAAGAAGAAGAAGAAGAAGAAGAAGAAGAAGAAGAAGAAGAAGAAGAAGAAGAAGAAGAAGAAGAAGAAGAAGAAGAAGAAGAAGAAGAAGAAGAAGAAGAAGAAGAAGAAGAAGAAGAAGAAGAAGAAGAAGAAGAAGAAGAAGAAGAAGAAGAAGAAGAAGAAGAAGAAGAAGAAGAAGAAGAAGAAGAAGAAGAAGAAGAAGAAGAAGAAGAAGAAGAAGAAGAAGAAGAAGAAGAAGAAGAAGAAGAAGAAGAAGAAGAAGAAGAAGAAGAAGAAGAAGAAGAAGAAGAAGAAGAAGAAGAAGAAGAAGAAGAAGAAGAAGAAGAAGAAGAAGAAGAAGAAGAAGAAGAAGAAGAAGAAGAAGAAGAAGAAGAAGAAGAAGAAGAAGAAGAAGAAGAAGAAGAAGAAGAAGAAGAAGAAGAAGAAGAAGAAGAAGAAGAAGAAGAAGAAGAAGAAGAAGAAGAAGAAGAAGAAGAAGAAGAAGAAGAAGAAGAAGAAGAAGAAGAAGAAGAAGAAGAAGAAGAAGAAGAAGAAGAAGAAGAAGAAGAAGAAGAAGAAGAAGAAGAAGAAGAAGAAGAAGAAGAAGAAGAAGAAGAAGAAGAAGAAGAAGAAGAAGAAGAAGAAGAAGAAGAAGAAGAAGAAGAAGAAGAAGAAGAAGAAGAAGAAGAAGAAGAAGAAGAAGAAGAAGAAGAAGAAGAAGAAGAAGAAGAAGAAGAAGAAGAAGAAGAAGAAGAAGAAGAAGAAGAAGAAGAAGAAGAAGAAGAAGAAGAAGAAGAAGAAGAAGAAGAAGAAGAAGAAGAAGAAGAAGAAGAAGAAGAAGAAGAAGAAGAAGAAGAAGAAGAAGAAGAAGAAGAAGAAGAAGAAGAAGAAGAAGAAGAAGAAGAAGAAGAAGAAGAAGAAGAAGAAGAAGAAGAAGAAGAAGAAGAAGAAGAAGAAGAAGAAGAAGAAGAAGAAGAAGAAGAAGAAGAA